UUUUGUGGCGCUUACAUUUCGCUCUCGCCUGGGUACAUUGAUAUACUCCUGAACUUGCAUCAAUUGCUAUAAUUUUGGCUAUUUUACAUCGACGUUGGGGCAACAUGUCGGUUGCGUCUGCAUCAAUACAGUUUUUUACUCGUUUGUUACGAUAUCGAACGAAAUGUGCCGUUCCGUUUCACGCAGCAUCUAGGAUUUUAAUAUCACCAUACCUGCCCCAGGUCUUUGGCGGUAAUAAGGUGCUACUGGGUACCUGUGCACAGCCACUCAGGUCAGAGGAGAAGGUGACUGUCUAUUUCAUCAACCGCGAUGGGCGGAAGAUCACCACUUCGAGUGCCAAGGGCGACAGUCUUCUAGACCUGGUGGUCGAACAAAACCUAGAUAUUGAAGGUUUUGGUGCAUGUGAGGGGACCCUGGCCUGUUCCACCUGUCAUGUGAUCCUGGAUCAGAAGGUGUACAACCAGCUGGGGCCCAUCACUGAUGAGGAGAAUGACAUGCUGGACCUGGCCUUUGGCCUUACUGAUACGUCUCGUCUGGGUUGUCAGGUCUGCCUAUCCAGAGAUUUGGAGGGCAUAACGGUCCGUGUGCCAGACCGGGUGAACGACAUGCGGCGGUCUGAUGAUGCUGGACCUACACUGUAAAGCAUCUUGUUGUUUUUACAGUAUUAUACAAAACUAACAGUAAAGUACUAUAUUAAUGAUUAAUUGCCCUAAAUCGAAAUGCAAUCUGGGUGGUUUUAGGUGUAACUGAUUAAUUGAUACGAUACAAUUCCUAAGAAACUUGUUUUAACAGUACAUUCCUGUUAAAAAGUGCUAUAUUUCCAAUGGUUCUGUAAUUCCACCACACAGAAUACUGUACCCUUCCCUGUAGUGGGUUCACGGUAUUGUUGUUUUCAUUAACAUAUUAUGAGGUGUGCCUUGUAAGAGGCUGCAUUUGUUCCACCGGUUAGUGAGAGUGAGGUACCAAUUUAACUGAUACAGUGGUAGCAGUGCCUCAACAAUUGAAUGUGCAUACAGUAGGGGACAGAUUGGAGUGGCAGCAAGUCUUAAACCUUUAAUGGUUUAGUAUUUGCCAUGUUCUUUGGUCUGUCUUGCCCUGCAUUCACUGCCAGUUUAGAAGGCUUUUUUAAGGCCUCUAGAAGUGCAAGUGAUAUACAGUACCAGUCAAAAGUUUGGACACACCUACUCAUUCAAGGGUGUUUCUUUAUUUUUACUAUUUUCUACAUUGUAGAAUAAUAAUGAAUACAUAAAAACUAUGAAAUAACACAUAUGGAAUCAUGUAGUAACCAAAAACGUGUUAAAUAUAUCAAAAUAUAUUUUAUAUUUGACAUUCUUCAAAGUAGCCACCCAUUUCCUUGAUGACAGCUUUGCACACUCCUGGCACUUUCAACCAGCUUCAUGAGGUAGUCACUUGGAAUGCAUUUCAAUUAACAGGUGUGCCUUGUUAAAAGUUAAUUUCUUUCCUUCUUAGCAUUUGAUCCAAUCAGUUGUGUUGUGGCAAGUUAAGGGUGGGUAUACAGAAUAUUUGGUUAAAAAAAAAUAUAUAUAUAUAUAUUUUUAAAUGUAUCCAUUAAAAUAACAUCAAAUUGAUCAGAAAUACAGUGUAGACAUUGUUAAUUUUGUAAAUGACUAUUGUAGCUGGAAAUGGCUGAUUUUCUUUUUAAAUGGAAUAUCUUUAUAGGCGUACAGAGGUCCAUUAUCAGCAAACAUCACUCCUGUGUUCCGCUAGUAACCUACAGAAAAUAGCUAGUAACCUACAGUAAAUAGCUAGUAAGCGAAUGUCAAGUUUUGUUUAUAGAUCAAAUAUUUUGUAUUGUUGAAAUGCUGAAAUAAAAUAGUUUUCCUAAU